CCCGAAAGCAGCGAGAUCUAGGUUUUGCGCGCCCGGUCGCCGUGGGGCAGGGAGGGGCGGGACGGGGCGGAGCCGUUCGUGCGCUCCGCGGCCUCGCUUGCCCUGUCCCAGGGCUGGAGAUGGACACCCGAGUGGCGCCGUCAGGGACAGCGUCACUGGCCCUGCGACACUUGCACCCUGCCCCUGCUUCUUGAGCCCCGCCGCCCGCCGGAGGAGGAAGGACGGGGCACAGUGCAAUGGGCACUGAGCGCGGCGGCCCCGAGCCCACCUGCCGCGAGCAGUUCCAGGCGGCGGUCAGCGUCGUCCAGAGUCUGCCCCGGACUGGCUCCUACCGCCCCUCCUACGAGGAGAUGCUUCGGUUCUACAGCUACUACAAGCAGGCCACCCUUGGGCCCUGCCUGGCGCCGAGGCCCGGCUUCUGGGACCCUAUCGGACGCUACAAGUGGGACGCAUGGCGCAGUCUGGGAAGGAUGAGCAGGGAAGAGGCUAUGUCUUCGUACGUCGCUGAGAUGAAGCUGAUGGCACAGAAGGUGAUUGACACGGUGCCCCUGCGGGAGGUGACAGAGGAUGUGUUCCGCUGCUUCAUGCCCCUGUACCAAGUGAUCCCGGACAUGCCGAGGCCCCCAGAAGCCUUCCUAAGAAGUGUCACAGGCUGGAAAGAACCAGUGCUUCGCAGCGAUGGCUGUGCUGUUCCAGAGUGUCCCUCCCUCCCUGAGGAGCUUGCACCCCUAGACCCAGAGCCCCAGAGCCCCAGAGCCCUGGACCUGGAGGUUUUCUGUGAUUCGAUGGAGCAGCUGGAGCCUGAGCCGGUCUUGGCCGAUCAGAGGGGCAUGGCAGGAGGAGACCCUGAGACCAGGACCAGCCCUGAGCCCCCCAUGGACAGAGAGGAGCUGAGCAGCAGACCCUGGGGGCCCCAGGCUUUGGACACACGGCUGGUGGACACAGUCCGGGCUCUGCAGGAGAACAUGCGGGACGUCCAGGGGCGGCUGCGGAGCCUGGAGAGCAAGCCUCAGUGCCCUGCACAGGGACCUCGGCCACGGCCCCUCAGGCUCUCGGCAACCAUGGUGUUCUUCCUCCUCCUGUGGCCUUUCCUCGUGCAGUGGCUCCUGCGACAGCUUCGGACCCAGAAGAGGUGACCUCCAGAAGGGCCUCAGCCGCGAGCCUUGGUGCCAGCCCUGCCACGCCUUACACAGAUGCCCUCCCGAGGGCCACCCUGCACCCCUCUUCUCCUGGAAGGCUGCUGGUGGUGCAGGACUCUGGACUGCUGGGCCCGCUCACCCUGGCUCUUGACUCCUCCCCACGUACAGCCGGCAAGUUGGGACUUGGAGGUGGCAUGGCCGGUGGGGAGGCACAGCCACUGGCACAGUCAGAAUAGACUUUCACCGAAUAAAACAAAACCUCAGCUUCCAACUUCUGCAGCCAGGUGCCCGAGGGCGGAGCAGUGGGUAGGUCACA